ACAGAAAUGCCUGAGCGCGGAGCGGCGCGUCACCAGACGGAUCGGAUCUGCGCUCGUGCUGACGGAGCGUCUCUGCCGCGGAGCCAGAAAUGAUCAGAACCCCGCGGACUGGACCCGAACCCGAACCCGAACCCAACCAACAUGGAUGUGUGUAGAACCCUGGCGGCGCUGCUGUGGGUCCUGCUGCUGAGGCGGGUCCAGGUCUGCCAGGCGGAGGAAGUUGUGCUGCUGAACUCCAAGGAGACGCAGGCAGAACUGGGUUGGACCUCCUUCCCCCCAAACGGAUGGGAGGAGAUCAGCGGCGUGGAUGAGAAGUACAAGCCGAUCCGGACCUACCAGGUGUGUAACGUGAUGGAGCCCACGCAGCAGAACAACUGGCUGCAGACGGGCUGGGUGGCGCGCCGCGGCGGACAGCGCAUCUUCGUGGAGCUGCAGUUCACGCUGCGCGACUGCAACAGCAUCCCCGGCGUGGCCGGUACCUGCAAGGAGACGUUCAACCUGCUGUACGUGGAGUCGGACCGGGACCUGGGCGCCGUGACCCGGGAGGACCGCUACUCCAAGAUAGACACCAUCGCCGCCGACGAGAGCUUCACGCAGGGAGACUUGGGGGAGAGGAAGAUGAAGCUCAACACGGAGGUGCGGGAGAUCGGGCACCUCAACCGGAAGGGCUUCCACCUGGCCUUCCAGGACGUGGGCGCGUGCGUCGCCCUGGUGGCCGUCCGCGUGUACUACAAGCGGUGCCUGGCCACCGUGCAGAACCUGGCCGUGUUCCCCGACACGGUGGCCGAGGCCGCCUUCGCCACGCUGGUGGAGGUCCGCGGCGGCUGCGUCAACAACUCGGAGGUGGACAGCGACAGCCCUCCCAGGAUGCAUUGCAGCGCCGAGGGGGAGUGGCUGGUGCCCAUCGGGAAGUGCAGCUGCAGCGCCGGCUACGAGGAGGGCCACAGCAGCUGCGAAGCGUGCCCACCUGGAUCCUACAAGAUGUCGUCGCGGCAACAGGAGUGUUUUCCGUGUCCGGCCAACAGCGUGGCAGAGGAGGAAGGAUCGGUGGUGUGUGUGUGUGAGGAAGAUCACUUCAGGACUCCUCUGGACAGCCCCUCCACCCCCUGCACAAGGCCGCCCUCCCCGCCCAGGAGCCUGCGCUUCUCCCUGCGGCAGUCCUCCCUGGUCCUGGACUGGGCCCCGCCCUCGGACUCCGGCGGCCGCGUGGACCUGACCUACAGCGUGGGCUGCCGGCGCUGCGGCCCGACCCGCUGCGAGCCGUGCGGGCCGGGCGUGGGCUUCGUGCCGCAGCAGGUGGGGCUGACGGAGCGCACGGUGACGGUGGUCAACCUGCUGCCCAACACCAACUACACCUUCAGCGUGGAGGCGCUGAACGGCGUGUCGGACCUGCUGCCCAGCAAGAGCUUCUACACACAGGUCAACGUGUCCACCAGCCUGCCCCCUCCAUCUCUGAUCAGUGAGCUGCGAGCGGAGAAGGUCGAGGAGAAGAGCGUCACGCUGGUGUGGAGGGAACCGCCGAACCCAAACAGCAGCCGCACCGAGUACGAGGUCAAGUACUACGAGAAGGACCAGAAGGACCAGAGUUAUUCCACGGUGAAGACGGCCGCCACUCGGAUCAUCGUCAACAACCUGAAACCUGGAACCACCUACGUCUUCCUCAUCCGUCCCUUCUUGACUCCGACUCCGUCCUCGUCCUUGUCUUCUUCUGCUGUCUCAUCGACCUCUUCUACGUCUGCCUCCUCUUCCUCAUCUUCAUCCUCCUCUUCCUCUUCCACUCCUCCUCCCAUCGACUACGGAGCAUUCAGCGCGCCGCUGGAGCUGCAGACUUUGGGCGAGUUAGCCCUGGCGUCCAGCGAACAGAACCCGGUGGUGAUCAUCGUCAUCGUGUCGGUGGCUGCGCUCAUCAUGCUGCUGUCCAUGGGGGCGGGGCUUCUCAUCUGGAGGAGACAGUGCGGCUACAGCAAAGCCUCCCAGGAGGGAGACGAGGAGCUCUACUUCCAGUUUAAGAUCCCGACACGGAGGACCUACAUCGACCCGGAGACGUGUGAAGACCUGCUGCAGGCCGUCCACGCCUUCGCCAAGGAGCUGGACAACCAGAGCAUCAAGAUAGAGAGGAUCGUCCACACAGGUGACUUUGGGGAGGUGUGCCGCGGCUGCCUGAAGCUGCCCAGUAAGCGGGAGCUGCCGGUCGCCAUCCGGACGCUGCGGGCCGGCUGCUCAGACAAGCAACGCCGCUCCUUCCUGAGCGAGGCCGGCAUCCUGGGCCAGUUCGACCACGCCAACAUCAUCCGGCUGGAAGGCGUCAUCACCACCGGAAACACGAUGAUGAUCGUGGAGGAGAGCAUGACCAACGGAGCCUUGGACUCCUUCCUCAGGAAACACGAAGGCCAGCUGAGCGUCAUGCAGCUGAUGGACAUGCUGACCGGAGUGGCUUCAGGGAUGAAAUAUCUCACUGAGAUGGGAUUCGUCCACAAACGGCUGGCGGCGCACAAGGUUCUGGUGAACUCCAACCUGACCUGCAAGGUGUCGGGCUUCAGGCCGCUUCAGGAGGAAAAGAUCGACUCCAUCUACACCACGCUGCACGGAGGGAAGAGCGUGGUUCUGUGGACCGCCCCGGAGGCCAUCCAGUACCGCCGCUUCUCCUCGGCCUCCGACGUCUGGAGCUUCGGCAUCGUCAUGUGGGAGGUCAUGUCCUACGGAGAGAGGCCCUACUGGGACAUGGGCACCCAGGAUGUCAUUAAGGCCAUCGAGGACGGCUUCAGGCUGCCGGCUCCGGUCAACUGCCCCCCCCACUUGCACCAGUUGAUGCUGGACUGCUGGCAGAAGGAGCGGGCGGAGCGGCCCGGGUUCAGCCAGAUCCACUCGGCGCUCAGUAAGAGCGUCCGCUCUCCGGACGGGAUCGGCUCGUCCACGCUGGCGCGCAGGACGCUGAGCUCGUCCAUCUCCCUGGCCGAGCGGCCGCUGCCCUCCUUCCCGUCCUUCAGCUCGGUGGGAGAGUGGCUGGACGCCGUGGACAUGGGCCGCUACAAGGACAACUUCACCGCUGCAGGAUACUGCUACCUGGAGUCUGUGGCUCGCAUGACCGUACAAGACGUGCUGAGCCUGGGCGUCACCUCCCUGGACCACCAGAAGCUGAUCCUGGCCGCCAUCCAGACGCUGCGGGCGCAGGUGAUCCAGAUGCACGGCCGGGGGGUGCAGGUCUGACCGGGGGGUCGGUCCGGGUCUGACUGGGGGCUCCGGGUCUGACCCAGGCCAGCGGACUCUUGACUCCUCUUCCAUUCCUUCAUCCUUCCUUCCUGUUUUCAAGAGGAGGUGAGCGGCGCGACCCGAGAACCCCAGAGGAGUGAUGUCAUGUGACCUUUGUGACCUCUGCCGCUCCCUCCAGCCAAUCAGAGCCCCGGACGGACAGGUUUGAUGGAAAGUCCCUUUAAGACAAACCUUGGCAGACGGACUCGUGUUUCCACGUUGAUCCGACCGACCAACUGGAGCGGGCCUUGUGGGCGGGGCUUCACCGGUGGCCCAAUCAGAAACAGAGGUUGUAAAAGGUUCAAACUGUCGAGUUUUUCUUCUCCUUGGUGCUUUUUCCUGGUUUUCUUUGUGCUGGACGUCAUUUCAGUAACAGUCCUCAUGUUUCUGUGUUUACAGGUUCAGCUCAAAAAACUGGAAUAUCAGGAAAAAUUCAGUUUUUUCUGUCUGAUUUCAGAAACUUCUUGUAAUUCUGAUGAUUAAAUCUCAGAGCAGGAAAAGCCAAAGUGGUGGUGUGACACCAACACGCUGAAGGAGCUCGUUGUUCAGAGUUCUGUGUCCAAGCAUAUUCAUGGAAGAUUGAGUGGAAGGAAAAAGUGUGGUAGGAUAAGAUGCUGCAGCAACUGGGAGAAUCUGGAGGAACUCCAGCAGGAACUGGGAGAAAAAAGACAAAAAUGUUUCUCAAAAAUCUGAUAUUUCUGCUUAAAAUAUUAUCUUAUUGAUCUGAUGUAAUAUUCUAAUUUUCUGACAGACAAAAUUUUGGGUUUUUAAUACUUUAUUUAUCUGUGACCAUUUUUGGAUUUGUCUCCUAUUUAUUUCAUUUUAUUUGAUUUUCUGACACUGACUUUUAGUUGUUUUUUUGUUGUCUAUUUAUUUAUUUAUUGAUAUUAGAUUUUCUGAGAAAAUAAAUUUUGGGAUUUCAGUCUUUAAUUCAUUUUUUAAAUAAUUUUUUAAUAUUCAGGUUUUCUGAGAGUUUUUGGGAUUUCAGGCUCUUGUUUUACUUUAUUUUAUUUUCAUUAUUUUUUAUGUGAAGCAGAUUUUGGAUUUUCAUUCUGAGCCAAAAUCAUCAGAACUACUAGAAACAAAGGAUUAAAAUAUUUCACUCUGUGUGUGAAAUAUGAUUGAUUAAUUGAUUGAUUGAUUGAUUGAUUGAUUGAUUGAUUGAUUGAUUGAUUGAUUGAUUGAUUGAUUGUAACGUGGUCCUGCUUGCUGAGAUGAGGGACAGAAAUGUUUUUCAGUUUAUGGUGUUUUCCAGGCACUGCGCCCCCUGGCGGCCGUCCUGCUGUAAACAUAUUUAUCCAUAUUUAUUCUCUCCACAGAGGAAGGUUUUAUUCGUCUGGUUCUGUUGGGUUUGGACUCGGAACCGGCAGAGGGAUGUUUGAACUGUCGGUACACAGUAUCUGUGCGUUCCUGAACUUUAACUGGACUCGCUGGUUCUGUGGCAGCAUGUGUGAUUCCUGCUGUAAACAUGAUGUUGUUGCACUUCUUCUUCUUCUUCUUCUCUGCGCGGUGAGCUCACGGUCCGGGUCGUUUGGGUUUCUUCUUCUUGACCCGCUCACCGCUCCCAGCCCAGCUCCACGUUUCCAGUUUUGAUGUUUAAUACUGUAAAUAUGUAUCUGAAAUGCCAAAUCUAUUUUUAUAAUUUGUUUGAAUAACGUGUUGAUCUAAUACCUGCUCACCGUGUAAAAGUUUUACUGGUUCCGUUUGGAAUAUAAAACAGAUUGAUAAACAUUUCUUUCUGAUGAUUUUUACCUGACUGAAGGAAAUCCGAUGGCUGUUGCAAUAUUUAAACGUGUUAUUAAAAAAGUCCAACACCA